AAUUCAGAUCAGAGGAUACACCUACGUCUAUGGGUGUUUUUCAUUUGCCAGUUGCGCAAACACUCUGUUUUCUUAACGUAGCAGCGAAGUUUUAGAAGUGGAAACCGAAAAAACAUGGAUGGUUGCCGGAGGCUAAAUGACUUGUUGCUCCUGUGAAGGUGUACAUUUUUUGUCCGACUGUUAUUGGACAACACAAAUUGUAGGCUUGCCUUACAGCAUCUGGGAAAGUGUCGCCGAUUGCGCACGGAACUUGGUGAAUCUGUGAGUGGGGAUCUUGUCAGCACAAAGCCACACCCGGGAGACCGUCUCGCGUCCUUCACGGGGAACAAUACCGUAAAAAUAUAUCAGGCUGCUCGAGCGUCUGACUCCAAUGCGCGUGGCUUGAAGUUGUUGUCCAUAGGCUGCCCACAGCGUAAACGACACAGGAGCCGGCGACAAGUGGAGAGAAAAAUAAAAUGCUAACGGAUAUAUCUUAUUUCAUAGGAAUGUAGCGGUCUUAUGGUUAUAAUUCGUCAAAUGUCACCUACUUUACUGCAACUAAACAGCAUGGUAAGGUAUGAAUGGACUUCUGAAAUGUCACUUCGCAAAACAUAUGUUAUGCAAAACAUGUGUUCCUCGGGAGAUCUCUGACAUUUGCCGAAAGCAGCGCAGGUUAUGUGGACGGUUGUUAAAAACAUUUUUGAAAGCGUGCACCCUAAAAUAUAUUCAGAAUGUGUUUUUGGACUUCGUUUUUUGUUGCUGAUUGACGAAGAGACAUUAUAGCCGGGGUGAUGGGGCAUUAGGCAGGUUUGGAACAAAAGCGGUUGUUUUGUCGUCUGCGCUUCGUGCCAGGAGGUGCACGGGCUUCGCGUUUUGUGGUUUUGGUGUUUUUCGUCAUGGCAGCGGCGAUUGCCAGCGGUUUGAUCCGGCAGAAGAGACAGGCUCGGGAGCAACACUUACACCGUCCGCCGACUCACAGACGAAGGAAAAGCCCCAGUAAAAACAAGGGCUUGUGCAACGGGAACCUCGUCGACAUCUUCUCUAAAGUGCGAAUCUUCGGCCUCAAAAAGAGACGACUACGGAGACAAGAUCCCCAGCUAAAGGGUAUUGUGACCAGGUUAUAUUGCAGGCAGGGAUACUACUUGCAGAUGAACCCUGAUGGAUGUCUGGAUGGGACCAAAGAUGACAGCACUAAUUCCUCUCUGUUCAACCUCAUCCCAGUGGGUCUCCGAGUCGUCGCCAUCCAGUCGGUAAAGACGGGCCUCUACAUCGCCAUGAACGGGGAGGGACACCUCUACACGUCGGAGCUCUUCACGGCUGAGUGCAAAUUCAAAGAGUCGGUGUUUGAAAACUAUUACGUCAUCUACUCGUCCCUGCUCUACCGACAGCAGGAGUCCGGCCGCGCCUGGUUCCUUGGCCUCAACAAGGAGGGCCAACCCAUGAAGGGCAACCGGGUCAAGAAGACCAAACCUGCUGCUCACUUCCUGCCUAAGCCCAUAGAAGUUGCCAUGUACCGUGAGCCAUCCCUGCAUGAUGUGGGCGAGGUGGUCCCGAAGGCCGGCGUCGUGCCGCCCAGCAAAAGCACAAGCGAGCCUGUGGUGAUGAAUGGAGGCAAGCCCGUCAGCAAGCCUGACAAGGAGACAUAGCCCAGCCCUCCUCCUCUCCUCUCGUGGGAACAAAAGGGGGCCGCUUUGCACGGGCCCCCCUCUCCUCGCAAGGACUCUCUCUCUCACUCUCUUGCCCCUGAGUGUCAGAUUCAAGGGCAAACAACACCCCUAAAUACCCCCCUGCCAAAAAAAAAGAAAAGAAAUUCCUCCUCGACUUGUCUCUCUUCCAGGCACUUCGCCGCCAGCUGAAUUGAAACAGAGAGGGGGGGCACAAGGACCGGGGUUCAACACAGUAAGGCAGG